UUCUGAAUGACGGGCGGACGGUUCGACUUCGACGAUGGAGGCACCUACUGCGGCGGCUGGGAGGAUGGGAAAGCCCACGGACACGGCAUCUGUACCGGACCCAAGGGCCAGGGCGAAUACUCCGGGUCCUGGUCUCACGGCUUUGAGAUAGUGGGGGUGUACACCUGGCCCAGCGGGAAUACGUACCAGGGCUACUGGGCGCAAGGGAAAAGACACGGUCUUGGAGUGGAAACCAAAGGGAAGUGGACCUACCGUGGAGAGUGGAGUCAUGGGUUUAAGGGUCGAUAUGGGAUCCGCCAAAGCCACAACACACCUGCGAGAUAUGAUGGUACAUGGAGUAAUGGGCUUCAGGAUGGAUAUGGGAUCGAAACCUAUGGAGAUGGAGGUACGUACCAGGGACAGUGGAUGGGAGGAAUGCGCCACGGAUACGGCGUGCGUCAGAGUGUGCCUUACGGAAUGGCUACCAUUAUUCGCUCGCCACUCCGAACGUCCCUGGCGUCGCUGCGCAGCGAGCAAAGCAACGGCACUGUCCUUCACGACAUCACGGCGGACACCCCCGUGGGGAGCAGGGGGGGCUUUGUCCUGAACUUUCACAGCGACAGCGAGGUAGUGACUGGAAAGAAAAAGGGCCUGUUCCGAAGAGGGUCCCUCUUCGGCAGCCUCAAGCAGCUGAGGAAGUCGGAGUCGAGAACGUCGAUAUCGAGCAAGCGCAGCUCCGUGCGGAGCGACGCCACCAUGAGCCGCAUCAGCUCCAGCGACGCCAACUCCACCAUAAGCUAUGGCGACGGCGAGCUGCCCGACGAGUACGUGCCCAUGGAGGACCACGUGGACGCCACCACCACCGAGUCCUACAUGGGAGAGUGGAAGAAUGACAAGAGGAACGGCUUUGGCAUCAGCGAGCGCUCCAACGGGAUGAAAUACGAGGGGGAGUGGCUAAACAACAAGAGGCAUGGCUACGGGUGCACCAUUUUUCCUGACGGCACGAGGGAGGAAGGGAAGUACAAAAACAAUGUUUUGGUCCGCGGAAUACGGAAGCAGCUUAUUCCCCUCAAGAACCCCAAAACGAAAGAGAAAGUGGACCGCGCUGUGGAAGGAGCCCAGCGCGCAGCGGCUAUCGCUAGGACAAAAGUGGAAAUAGCUGCUUCAAGAACGGCGCACGCCAGGGCCAAGGCAGAGGCUGCCGAUCACGCCGCUCUGUCCGCCAGCCAGGACUCCGACAUCGCCCGAGCUGUGGCCAGGGAGCUGUCCCCAAACUUUCAUCAGCCAGGCCUUGAGUAUGUCAAACAGAAAUUUAAUGAACCUGUGGAGAUUAAGGAAGUUCCAGAAGAAAAAGACAAAGUCAAGAAAGACAAGUCGCCCUCAGGAAGCCCCCACUUCUACCGGAAAGGCACCACUCCCAGCCACUCCCCUGCCCAGAGCCCAGGGCCCACACCUCCCCCUUCACCCCACGCCAGCAAGAAGAAGAGCCAGCAGAGUAACAGCAGCACCACGAGAAAGCUGAGCAAAGAGGAGAGGCCUGCUGUGGUGGAAAACCCGCCGGCCAGAAUCACCAAGGCAGCCUCCAGGACCUCAGUGAAGCAGGAAGUGGCCCCGCCCAAGCCUCCCAAGAAGGUGGAGCCUACGCCAAACCCUAUCAGCCCAGGCAAUGGCCAGCUGCAUACCCAGUAUCACAGUUACUAUGUGAAGGCAGAGGUGAAAAUACCCCCGGAGGAGCCUGAGGAGGAUGAGGACGGCCAGCUAAGCCAGAGUGCGCUGGCCCGGAUGCCGCCGCCUCCGCCGAAGCAGUUCAGAGUACCCACCCCUAAACCUAUGAUGGCAAAGCCUGCUGCCAAAGACAGCAAGCCUGAGCCCAAACUCAGGAAACAGGAUUCACUGAAGCCAAAGAGCCUAGCAGAAACAAAGAAAGCCAGCAUGGAAAUCACCAGCGAUAUUCUUGAGGAAGAAUCAGGUCCUAACUCAAUUUUGGUCGCCCUUGUAAUGCUGUUGAAUAUUGGCCUAGCAAUCAUUUUUGUCCAUUUCCUUACAUGAUGGAACCACAGCUCAGUGAAGUCAUGACAGCUAGUGGCCACAUGGCCCUAAUUCUCUGCAAUUGUGUCAACGGCCUUUAAAAAACAAAAUGGCGGCAGUCAUACUCAAAGGCAAAGGAGGAUUGGAAUUAGAGUGAAACACAGGAGAAAGAUGAGACACGGAACAUUCAGUCAGGGGCCGCACUAGCCCCCCGCCGAUGAUUUGUGGCUCCUCAGGGUCCUGUGAAAGCUGAAGCAAGCGGUCGCGUUGAGAAAACAAAAAAAAAAAAAAAUCUGCUGAUCGAAGCCCUAACCACUUGAAGUGCAUGGCUGCUCCGUCUACCCCGACAGAGAGGGGGACUUAACUUGGAAAUGUACGGAGAUGCACUUUUAGUUGAUGGAAGCUAACAGCUGCCUUACUAUUUUACCAUCUGACGUUUUAGUGGGGAGAUGUGCAAGCGGCUGCCAGAGGAAUUUGUUCAGAGGACUUUGCUGCAGUGGGAGCGCGUUCCAGUGUACACUCUUCACUCGCUAGGAGAAAUCAAACACGCUUAACAGCGUCACUCACCCGUCUUAUUCCAUGACCUGCUGCUGCAGCUUCUCCUAACAUCUCUUACCUUCCCUUAGGAGAUCCCUAUUAGACACGCCCAUGCAUGGUACUGUUUUAAUGAAUCUUUUAUUUCCUUCUUUGUUUUAUUUUGUUUUUUUUUCAUGUUUGUUAUCCUCAGCUAUAGACAGUCUGAAACUGUCUUUUUUUUUUUUGCUUGGAGUGUGACAAAUUGAUAUUGACUUUGUCAAGAGUCCUCCCAUUUUGGUAUCAUAAUAAUUGUCGUGACAAUUAAUAAGUCUAAUUUUGAGGAAAGUGCAAUAUGUUUUAUUUUUUUAAAAGAGGGAUAUAUUUUGCCAAUGAAGGGUUUCUAGUUCAUUGAUCAUUUUAACUGUUGUAGAAAUUAUAUUUAUUGAAAACCUUAUUCAUUUACCAUAGUACAUGAAACAUGAAACACCUAAUUUAAAUUGACAUGGGAAAAGGAUUAAAGGAUUGGUUGUUUGGUUUGCCCGUGUGCGUGCCUGCUCUUGCAGUAGGUAAAAACACUAUAUGACUGAAUUUUUAAAAGUCUUAUAAAAUUAUUUUAUUUAUUGAUUUAAAGGAAUAAUUAUAAUAAAUGAUGUCAUAAUGUUGUAACAUAAGCCUAGACACUUGUGCAUGGGAUUUUGUUGACAAAUGAUUUUAAUUUCUCCUUCCGAUAUUGCACCCUUAAUCUGUGAAAGGCUAGGAAAUUGUUAGCCAGAUUAGUGAAACACCUCUAGCUCAGACCCUGUGCUUGCUUGCAUGUUUGUGAGUUUGGAGAUUCACCGUCCAUUAUCUGCCCCCAGAUCAGUGUGCUGAAUACAUUCAGGUAGAGCCACUAGGUACAUGCGAACGAAUGUCAGGACUGAUGCCUUUAAAGUCUUUAACAGUACGACUGUUUACCUCAAAAGAAAAAAAAAAAGCAGAAGCCUCAAAAGGGAUGAAGUGUUUGUCUUAAUUCUGUGGUGUGGAACAUCUGACUAUUGCAAUUAUUAGAAUUUUUUUUAAAUAUGCCAUCUAAUUGUAAUUGUUGUAUUCUUUCUUGUUGGUGCAGCAUGGUGAUUUUAUUUGCUUUAUUUAAAAAAAUGUAUGUGCUGUUAUCACUCCAGGAAUAGAACUUAUUUAUACAGUAUG